AAAAUCAGUAAUGAAAUCAUUUCCUACUGCACUGAUAAUGAUGGUUUGUGAUAAGAAUUGUGUCAUAGCUCUACAAAAAGGACCUUUAUCACUGUUUGUCCCUGAGUUGCAGUUACGUGGUUGCUCAACCCGAUGAGGCUGCCUUUACAACAUUUCAGACCAAAAUAUUACGCAGUCAUCUUAACCACUGACUGCCUUCCAUGCAGUGCAGAAAGUAGAAAAAAAGACACAGUAAAAGCAACAUAAAAAGGCAUUUGCCAUUCCCCCCUUCCACUAACCUACUGGUUUGAAUGCUCUGCUAUGGUUCUUAGCAGAUUCUUCCUUGCAGGGUCAAAAGUCAGAUGUGGUAGAUAUGGAUUGGCAAAUCAAACCCUAUAUUGAGUUCCUGAGAUAAGACUGUCAGUAGGAGGUGAUGGUGGAGAGGUGAGAAGGACAGACUUUGGACCCACUUCACUCACUCUUCUCCUCCGCUACCGGCUACACCUCCUCGGUUUGUCUCUCUUCUCUUGUGGAAGUCAUGAAGAUAGAUUUUGCACCCCGGAAUCUGCCCCUGCACAGGAGACUGCAGACGGCGGCGGUGGCGCAGUGGGUCUUCUCCUUCAUUGCCCUGGCACCCCUCUGCAUCUUCCUGUUCUUUUACCUGCUGUUCACACGCUUCUGGCUGAUCAGCGUGCUGUACUCUGUCUGGUGGUUCUUUGACUAUGACACUCCUUCCCGGGGAGGCCGUAGGGUGCCAUUCUUGUGUGGCCUCAAACUUUGGGAAUACAUGCGGGAUUACUUCCCCAUCAAGCUGGUAAAGACAGCCGACCUGGACCCCAGGCACAACUACGUCCUGGGGUUCCAUCCCCACGGCGUGCUGGUGGCAGGGGCCUUUACCAACUUCUGCACCUAUGCUACAGGCUUCAGGCAGCUGUUUCCUGGAAUCACCAGCUACCUGCUCAUGUUGCCCCUUUGGUUCAGAGCCCCAUUCUUCAGAGACUACAUCAUGUGUGCAGGUCUGAUUCCUUCGGACAAAGAGAGCGCCAGGUAUCAGCUCUGCCGACAAGGUGGUGGUAACGCUGUUGUAAUAGCAGUCGGUGGGGCCCCGGAGGCCCUUGAUGCCCACCCUGGGACAUACAAUGUACUCUUGGCCAAGAAGAAAGGCUUCAUCAAAAUGGCAAUGGAGCAGGGUGCUCAUCUGGUUCCAGUCUUCUCCUUUGGUGAGAAUGAAGUGUUUGAUCAAGUGGAAAACCGAAGAGGAACCUGGCUUCGAUGGAUACAGGAACGGCUGCAGAGCAUCAUGGGUAUCUCCCUGCCUCUCUUCCACGCGCGUGGCAUUUUCCAAUACUCCUUUGGUCUCAUGCCUUACAGGAAACCCAUCAAUACAGUCAUUGGACGGCCAGUUCGGGUGGAGAAGAACAAGAAGCCAACGGCCGAGCAACUCGAUGCCCUCCACCAGCUGUACAUGGAUGAGCUCAGCAAUCUGUUUGAGGAGCACAAAGGCAACUAUGGAGUGGACAAGGACACUCACCUGAACUUUGUCUAAAGUGGACUGACGAUGGAAUGGAUUUGAAUGGCUAUUUAUUUGUAAAGGUCUGGUGCUGCAGGCUCAGAUAAUUGUACCCUUAGAUUGACUGUGACUUUGCUCUCAACUGGCCUGUUAAAUAAAGAGAAAAAAAAUUAUUGGUUCUGCAACAAGACACAUUGCCAUAUCUGUUUAUACAAGACAGGAUUCGAGUACAGUAUGAGAGAAACGCAACCACAAUAGAAAUGCUUACAGUUUAUGUACCCUUAUACUGUGACCUGUCACUACUCAGGGCUGUGUGGGACACAGUUCAGAAGGAACACUAACGACGCAAGUUGAGUUUUCCUCUCUUAAUUUCUCAGUUGUGGCAUCUGUCUGGGAUUCUGGAUUUUGUGCAAGACCUGAAACUUUCUCAAACGGAGUCAUAGGUUGAAUUUGGGUUGCAACACAGUUAAGACACUGUUUUUAAACACCAAUCUUUUCAGGAUUCUGUAUUCUUUGCUUUAAACAGGGAAAAUAAAAAUCUUAUAUUCAACACUCAA